GUUCCUUGUACAAUAACUCCCUCAACUAACAACUCUAUAUAAAGAUACAUCAAUAUUACAAAUUAUAAAAUCCGAACACAAAGUUUUGAGUUUGACAACCAAAUUCUUAUAAAUUAAAACAGAUAAAUUUUACUAAAAAUGAGAAGUGAAGGUCUCGUCUUUAUGUUGCUCAUUACUUCGGCCUACGUUGGAGUUUUCGCCAAGAAUCAUUCCUCAAGACCUAAACUGAGAAGAAGUGAUUUCCCACAAGGUUUCAUUUUUGGAUGUGCUACUUCUGCGUAUCAGUGUGAAGGUGCUGCUCAUGAAGAUGGUAGAGGACCAAGUAUCUGGGACACCUUUUCUGAAAAGUUUCCAGAGAAGAUAAUGGGUGGUAGUAAUGGGUCCAUUGCUGAUGAUUCUUACAACCUUUACAAGGAAGAUGUGAAUUUUCUGCAUCAAAUUGGCUUUGAUGCUUACCGAUUUUCAAUCUCUUGGUCACGGAUUUUGCCUUGUGGGGAUUUAAAAGGAGGUAUCAACCAGGCUGGAAUCGACUAUUACAACAACUUGAUUAAUCACCUUCUGUCUAAAGGAGUGAAGCCAUAUGUCACAAUCUUUCACUGGGACUUACCAGAAGCACUUCAACAUACUUACGGUGGCUUCCUAGGAGCAGAGAUCGUGAAUGAUUUCCGGGACUAUGCGGAACUCUGUUUCCAGAAGUUUGGAGAUAGAGUGAAGCAUUGGACGACAUUAAACGAGCCAUUUUCAGUGGUACACAAUGGUUUUACAACUGGCCAAGAGGCACCUGGAAGGUGUUCCAGUUUCGCUAAUCCUAAUUGCACCGGUGGUGAUGGAGCCAGCGAGCCUUACAUCGUCGGCCAUAACUUCCUCCUCGCUCAUGGAGCCGCCGUCAAUAUCUACAGAGAAAAGUAUCAGGCGAUUCAGAAAGGUGAAAUUGGCAUCGCCUUAAACACAGUAUGGCACUACCCUUACUCAGAUUCAUAUGCUGACAAAUUAGCUGCGGCUCGAGCCACGGCCUUCACCUUCGACUACUUCGUGGAGCCAAUUGUCUAUGGCAAAUACCCGACCGAAAUGGUCAACCAUGUGAAAGAUGGUCGUCUUCCUACAUUUACACCAGAAGAGUCCUCCAUGCUCAAAGGAUCAUAUGAUUUCAUAGGCAUUAAUUAUUACUCGUCUUCUUACGUCAAAGACGUGCCAUGUGCAACUGAAAACAUCACCAUGUCCACUGAUGCUUGCGUCAGCAUCGUAGGUGAACGAAAUGGAGUACCUCUCGGUCCAACGGCUGGCUCGGAUUGGCUUUUGAUAUACCCUAAGGGUAUUCGUGAUCUUCUACUACAUGUCAAAUUCAAAUUCGAUGAUCCUGUCUUGUACAUAACAGAAAACGGAGUGGAUGAAGCUAGCAUUGGAGAAAUCUUUCUUAAUGAUGACUUGAGAAUUGACUAGUACUACGCUCAUCACCUUAAGAUGGUUCGCGAUGCAAUCUUGACGGGUGUGGAUGUGAAAGGAUAUUUUGCAUGGUCGUUGAUGGACAAUUUCGAAUGGGCGCGGUCCGGUUCGGGCUAGUGUUUGUGGACUUUGAAGAUGGACGUAAGAGGUAUCUGAAGAAAUCAGCCAAGUGGUUUAGGAAACUGUUGAAGGGAGAGUAUAAUGGGACGAGGCAAAAGGUGGCUGUUAUUUAAUAAACCAUGAGUCAUUGCUUAAAUGUAUUCGACUAGUUGUUGUUUCCGAGGGUUGGAUAGGUUGUAGACAUUAAAAACAGUUUUAAAAAUUGGUGUAGAUGGUGUCUAGAUCCCUGCCUAAACACCAAUCCUCUAUAAAACGUCUAAUUAGCUCUUAGCAAUUUCUUGAACAUUGC